AUGGUUGCUAUCCCACUUUCCCCCGCCUAUCACAAAGCAAAAAUCAAUGCCACCAAAGCUAUCAUUGAGGAUAUCCAGAAUGUAAAUCCAUUUCCAGUGGUAAGUAUCUAUAUCCAUAAAUGCCAAUGCGCCAUUCUUGUCGAGGGGGAGGAAGGCCAGCUUGAGCAACAAUAA